AUGAGUAUGGACGCUGGCGGUCUUACUCAAAUGACCUACAACAACAACUUCAAUAAUGGCACUUCCCUCGGUGUCCCGGGCUCUGGCUUCGCUUCACGGGGGAAGGGCUCGCACAUCAAGCGCUUGAGCAUGCCUCCUCAGGUCGCUACCAUUGAUGAGUCCCAAGCUACUGCGCCCUUGGCAACUCCCCGCACUAGCCGUUCGCACCUUUUGGCCGGGCUCCGUACUGCUCCCCGGUCUGCCACCAUCCCCUCCCACCAUCAGCAGCAACACCAGCAGCGCAGCGGCAUGGAUAGCUCCCGAUAUGGUGGUUAUACCAGCCGAGGGAACGACCGUGUCCCACAAACUGCGACGGGAGCUGGAUUCCCGCAGCACGCUUACGUUCAAAGCCAGGGGAUGAAUACCCACCACAGUCGUCCUAUGUACACUAUGCCGGAGCAGGUGCUCGCACCCCCGACUCUUGACAUGGGCGCUGACAAUGGCAUUGAUGAGAACCUGUACGCCGAGCUGAUGUCGACCAACCUCUUCCUGGCUGCACAGCAGCAACGUCUACAACAGCAGUUGAUCAGCGUCACCGCUGCUGCGCAGCAGUUCCAGGGCCUCAACUUGGGGGGAAUGGCUCUUCCUCAACAGCAGCCCAUUCCUACGCUUGCAAUGGGUGCUGGCAUGGGUUUCUAUCAGCAGCAGCUUCAGCAGGGCGUGCAGCCGAUUGUGCAGCCUGUCCCUGGACAGCCUGGCUGGUUCUCCGUCUACAACCCUCUCACCGGUCAACAGAGCUAUAUCAUGGACAACAGCUUCCAGGAUGACGGUCUGUCCCACGGCUAUGCCGAGAACUAUUCGUCUGGUCAACAGGUUCCUCAGUUCCGUGCUGAGAUCUCUCCGCCAGCCGAAUCUGUUUUAUCCCCGAUUCAGUCCUCUCAGCCGGUCUCCCCACUUAGUGGCACCCCGUCUCCCCCUGCCGAGUCUUCUGCUUUCCGUCGCAACAACCGAAAGGGCGCGCUGUUUAACCCGACGCUCAAGACCAACAUUGACACUACCAAGGCGAACAUUGGAACUGGUCCUCGAUCUGCUGUGCUUCCUCCUACCCCGGCGACUGGAACAUUCGGUCCCGGCCAGGCCCGUGCGGGUGAGCAUCCCAUCCGUCAGCCCCGUGGACCGCCCUCGCUUGAGGAUCUCGUGGCCAAGCCAACCUCGAAGCAUGAGGGAAGCAAGAACUUUGCAACUCGCCAGCGGCGCCGUGCCGUUCACAAUCUAGUCCGUGCUGGUAUUGAGCGUCGAGGCGAUACUCGCAGCUUCGGAUACAGCAGCGGUGGUACCAACACUCCCGCCAGUGAAAAGGAGUUCACUUUCUCCGAUGGCGAUGAUGCCACAGUUCGCAGCGGCAGUCUCUCUAGCAAGCCUAGCUUGGGCAGUCUUCGGGCUGCGGCCAAUGGUGCUAUUGGAUCUGAGCGUAAGGAGAAGACCGGCAGGGAGCGCAAGUCCCCCGAUAGCGCUUUCCACAACGUCACCCCAACCAGUGAGGACGGCUACUUUGGGUCCAGGUUCUCGGACACUGUCUCAUCCCCGACGUCUGUCACUACCUCUCCCUCUGUGGCGGCCGUCGUUGCGGGCCAGGGGCAGGCUACACAAGCACCUGAACGCCGUAAGACGCCAAUGCUUGUGUUGUCCAGCGCUGAAAAGCGCAAGACCCUUUGA